CGAGCCUCGCCGCGCUCGCCCUCAGCCUGCUCCUGCGGCUGCAGCUGCCGCCGCUGCCCGGCGCCCGGGCGCAGAGCGCCGCAGGUGGCUGUUCCUUUGAUGAGCACUACAGCAACUGUGGAUAUAGUGUGGCCUUGGGGACCAAUGGGUUCACCUGGGAGCAGAUUAACACAUGGGAGAAGCCAAUGCUGGACCCAGCAGUGCCUACAGGGUCCUUCAUGAUGGUGAAUAGCUCUGGGAGGGCAUCUGGCCAGAAGGCCCACCUUCUCCUGCCGACCUUGAAGGAGAAUGAUACCCACUGCAUCGAUUUCCAUUACUACUUCUCCAGCCGUGACCGGUCCAGCCCAGGGGCCUUGAAUGUCUACGUGAAGGUCAAUGGCGGGCCCCAGGGGAACCCGGUCUGGAAUGUGUCUGGGGUCGUCACCGAGGGCUGGGUGAAGGCAGAGCUGGCCAUCAGCACCUUCUGGCCACAUUUCUAUCAGGUGAUAUUUGAAUCCGUCUCUUUGAAGGGUCAUCCUGGCUACAUCGCUGUGGACGAAGUCCGGGUCCUGGCUCAUCCAUGCAGAAAAGCGCCUCAUUUUCUACGACUCCAAAAUGUGGAGGUGAACGUGGGACAGAAUGCGACAUUCCAGUGCAUUGCUGGUGGGAAGUGGUCUCAACAUGACAAACUUUGGCUCCAGCAGUGGAAUGGCAGAGACACGGCCCUCAUGGUCACCCGUGUGGUCAACCACAGGCGCUUCUCAGCGACAGUCAGUGUGGCAGACACUGCCCAGCGCAGCGUCAGCAAGUACCGCUGUGUGAUCCGCUCAGACGGAGGGUCUGGUGUGUCCAACUAUGCGGAGCUGAUCGUGAAAGAGCCUCCCACCCCCAUCGCCCCUCCAGAGCUGCUGGCUGUGGGGGCCACCUAUCUGUGGAUCAAGCCCAACGCCAACUCCAUCAUUGGGGACGGCCCUAUCAUCCUGAAGGAGGUGGAGUACCGUACGACCACGGGCACCUGGGCCGAGACCCACAUAGUUGACUCUCCCAACUACAAGCUGUGGCAUCUGGACCCCGACGUGGAGUACGAGAUCCGGGUGCUGCUCACACGGCCAGGAGAGGGUGGCACAGGGCCACCGGGGCCUCCCCUCACCACCAGGACCAAAUGUGCCGAUCCCGUGCAUGGCCCGCAGAACGUGGAGAUAGUGGACAUCCGGGCCCGGCAGCUGACCCUGCAGUGGGAGCCCUUUGGCUAUGCAGUGACCCGCUGCCACAGCUACAACCUCACGGUGCAGUACCAGUACGUGUUCAACCAGCAGCAGUACGAAGCCGAGGAGGUCAUCCAGACCUCCUCCCACUACACCCUGCGGGGCCUGCGUCCCUUCAUGACCAUCCGGCUGCGGCUCCUGCUGUCCAACCCAGAGGGCCGGAUGGAGAGCGAGGAGCUGGUGGUGCAGACGGAGGAGGACGUUCCAGGAGCUGUUCCUCUUGAAUCUAUCCAAGGAGGGCCCUUUGAGGAGAAGAUUUACAUCCAGUGGAAACCUCCCAAUGAGACCAAUGGGGUCAUCACGCUCUAUGAGAUCAACUACAAGGCUGUAGGCUCACUGGACCCCAGUGCCGACCUCUCCAGCCAGAGGGGGAAAGUGUUUAAGCUCCGGAAUGAAACUCACCACCUCUUUGUGGGUCUAUACCCAGGGACCACCUACUCCUUCACCAUCAAGGCCAGCACUGCCAAGGGUUUUGGACCCCCGGUCACCACUCGGAUCGCCACCAAAAUUUCAGCUCCAUCGAUGCCUGAGUACGACACGGAUACCCCCCUGAAUGAGACGGACACAACCAUCACGGUGAUGCUGAAGCCCGCUCAGUCCCGGGGAGCCCCCGUCAGUGUUUAUCAGCUGGUGGUCAAGGAGGAGCGACUUCAGAAGUCCCGGAGGGCAGCUGACAUCAUCGAGUGCUUCUCGGUCCCUGUGAGCUACAGGAAUGCCUCCAGCCUGGAUUCUCUGCACUAUUUUGCUGCUGAACUGAAGCCUGCCAACCUGCCUGUCACUCAGCCGUUUACAGUGGGUGACAACAAGACAUACAAUGGCUACUGGAACCCUCCUCUCUCCCCACUGAAAAGCUACAGCAUCUACUUCCAGGCACUCAGCAAAGCAAACGGAGAGACCAAAAUCAACUGUGUUCGUCUGGCUACAAAAGCACCAAUGGGCAGCGCCCAGGUGACCCCGGGGACUCCACUCUGCCUCCUCACCACAGGUGCCUCCACCCAGAAUUCUAACACUGUGGAGCCAGAGAAGCAGGUGGACAACACGGUGAAGAUGGCGGGCGUGAUCGCUGGCCUCCUCAUGUUCAUCAUUAUUCUGCUGGGCGUGAUGCUCACCAUCAAAAGGAGAAGAAAUGCUUAUUCCUACUCCUAUUACUUGAAGCUGGCCAAGAAGCAGAAGGAGACACAGAGUGGAGCCCAGAGGGAGAUGGGGCCUGUGGCCUCUGCGGACAAACCCACCACCAAGCUCAGCGCCAGUCGCAAUGAUGAAGGCUUCUCCUCCAGUUCUCAGGACGUUAACGGAUUCACAGAUGGCAGCCGUGGGGAGCUGUCCCAGCCCACCCUCACCAUCCAGACUCACCCCUACCGGACCUGUGACCCCGUGGAGAUGAGCUACCCCAGGGACCAGUUCCAGCCCGCCAUCCGGGUGGCCGACCUGCUGCAGCACAUCACCCAGAUGAAGAGAGGCCAGGGCUACGGGUUCAAGGAGGAAUACGAGGCCUUACCUGAGGGGCAGACGGCUUCGUGGGACACAGCCAAGGAAGAUGGAAACCGCAACAAGAAUCGAUAUGGGAACAUCAUAUCCUAUGACCAUUCCAGAGUGAGAUUGCUGGUGCUGGAUGGAGACCCGCACUCUGACUAUAUCAAUGCCAAUUAUAUUGACGGGUACCACCGACCCCGGCACUACAUUGCAACUCAAGGUCCAAUGCAGGAGACAGUAAAGGACUUUUGGAGAAUGAUCUGGCAAGAGAACUCCGCCAGCAUCGUCAUGGUCACAAACCUGGUGGAGGUGGGCAGGCACCCAGCGGAACACACUGUGGGCAAUGCCACACUAGGCCGCGCAGCGUCCCCCGGAAUGGUGAAGUGUGUACGAUACUGGCCAGAUGACACAGAGGUCUAUGGCGACAUUAAAGUCACCCUGAUUGAAACAGAGCCCCUAGCAGAGUACGUCAUCCGGACCUUCACAGUCCAGAAGAAAGGCUACCACGAGAUCCGGGAGCUCCGCCUCUUCCACUUCACCAGCUGGCCUGACCACGGGGUGCCCUGCUACGCCACUGGCCUCCUGGGCUUCGUCCGCCAGGUGAAGUUCCUCAACCCCCCGGAAGCAGGGCCCAUAGUGGUCCACUGCAGUGCUGGAGCUGGGAGGACCGGCUGCUUCAUUGCUAUUGACACCAUGCUCGACAUGGCUGAGAACGAAGGGGUGGUGGACAUCUUCAACUGCGUGCGUGAGCUCCGGGCACAGAGGGUCAACCUGGUGCAAACAGAGGAGCAGUAUGUGUUUGUGCACGAUGCCAUCUUGGAAGCGUGCCUGUGUGGCAACACAGCCAUCCCGGUGUGUGAAUUCCGCUCUCUGUACUACAACAUCAGCAGGCUGGACCCCCAGACGAACUCCAGCCAGAUCAAAGACGAGUUUCAGACACUCAACAUAGUGACACCUCGCGUCCGACCAGAAGAUUGCAGCAUUGGGCUCCUGCCCCGGAACCAUGAUAAGAAUCGCAGCAUGGAUGUCCUGCCUCUGGACCGCUGCCUGCCCUUCCUCAUCUCGGUGGAUGGAGAGUCCAGCAACUACAUCAAUGCAGCACUGAUGGAUAGCCACAAGCAGCCCGCCGCCUUCGUGGUCACCCAACACCCUCUACCCAACACUGUGGCGGACUUCUGGAGGCUGGUGUUCGAUUAUAACUGCUCCUCUGUAGUGAUGCUGAAUGAGAUGGACACUGCCCAGCUCUGUAUGCAGUACUGGCCCGAGAAGACCUCCGGGUGCUACGGACCCAUCCAGGUGGAGUUCGUCUCCGCGGACAUCGACGAGGACAUCAUCCACAGAAUAUUCCGCAUCUGUAACAUGGCUCGGCCACAGGAUGGGUAUCGUAUAGUCCAGCACCUCCAGUACAUCGGCUGGCCUGCCUACAGGGACAUACCCCCCUCCAAGCGUUCUCUGCUCAAAGUGGUUCGACGGCUGGAGAAGUGGCAGGAGCAGUAUGACGGGAGGGAGGGACGCACCGUGGUCCACUGCCUAAAUGGGGGAGGCCGCAGUGGAACCUUCUGCGCCAUCUGCAGUGUGUGUGAGAUGAUCCAGCAGCAGAACAUCAUCGACGUGUUCCACAUUGUGAAAACAUUGAGGAAUAACAAAUCCAACAUGGUGGAGACUCUGGAACAGUAUAAAUUCGUAUACGAGGUGGCACUGGAAUAUUUAAGCUCCUUUUAGCCCAUGGGAUGGGGAAACCUGCUGGAGUCCACAGGCUGCUGCAGCCGAGCCCCAUUUUCUGUGAAUGGCAGUGACUGGGCUCAGUGGCACAAAAGUGACACCCGCGCCCAGCUCCAAGGAGAAGACUGAUGGUCCCAUGUUCUGCAGUGGGCUCUGCACCUUCUUAGGGGGUUUCCUGUAGCUGUGGGAGAUGCCGCACUCACAGGCCCAGGCUUCCCUUACACACCUGACCAGCCACAGCCCUGGGCCCAAGCAGAAGUGCACCCACAAGCAAGGCCCUGGACGUCCGGUUCCCAGACCUCUUGCUUUCAUUCUUUCCAAGUUUGUGAAUCUCAUGGCAAGCCAACUGUGCAGGUGCUAGAGAGUGGGAGGCUGGCCAAUACUUCUUUCACCCUCGUUCCCUUAGUAGUGUUGGGGAUGUGGGUUCCGCUUCUCUAUGCUGUUAUGGAUAAAACUGGGACCUUGGAAGUCAUUGCUCUGAUGCCCUGUACACUCUGUUCUUCAGGGGCCUCUGGUGCCAGAUACCUGCCAGUCUGGAUCAGUGUGACCUUGGAGUGGCCCCUAGACCACAGUGGAGGCCACUGUCCAUCCUCAUAUUGAAACUGCAUGGGGCUUGGCCCACUGCUAUUCUGUACUCCUUUCCCAACCCAGGCCCUGACCUUCUGUCAUUCACUGGCCAGCCAGCUGUGCCCACAGCACACACUGAUAAAGGUUUUCCAUGCUCCUUUGUGGUCUGUGGGAGGGGGUGCAGGGAAUGUCACUACUCCACUUCAUCUUUGUAAAAGGGACCACCUUCCCAGGGCAGGGCUCUGUCUGGUCUAAUGUAAACCCUGUGUUUCUUGGAUGAUAGCUUCCUUUAGGAGGAGCCAAGAAGAUAAGAUUUGAUUAUUUUCUCAAGUACAUGUGGAAAGAAACUUUCUUUUGAGAGUGUAAAAUUUUAGUCUCAUAUGUCAGGAAAUAAAAAAGACAGAGUGGGAAUUUGAAUGUGUAGCUACAAGAUAAAUCUCUUGAACCUAUUUUAUUUCCUGUCAUGUCCUUGAAAGGUCCCAACCUUGGUAGCACAACCACGAGGAAGGCAAUAUGGGCUAGUCAGAAUACGAUCCCUGGGUGCUAGGACAGAGAGAGUAUCAGCUUUGUGGAAAAUCUGGAUCUCCAAAUUUGUAUUCCCUAGAGAAAUACAGCUGCCAUCUUGAAAAAGGCCAUUGUGGACCCAUUCGUGCUUUGGUUUAAAAUUGACCAAGGGGAUGAGGCCUGGGACUCUGAGUCUUGCCCAAAGUAUGGAUGAGUCAAGAAAAGGGAGUCAACAUUUGCAAAUGUCUACUGUAUGCCAGGUGUCAUGCUUGGCACCAUCCCUAGUGACAACUGGCCUAGUCCUUAGUACCUCCCAUCAAGGAGCUAUUACCAUCAUCUCCAUUUUGCAAUUGAGGAAACCAACACACCUUCCUCAGAGAUGAAAUCCUGAGUCCCAAAAAGGCAGGUGAUGGAGCUGAACCUUCUCUGUACUAUUUUCUUCAAACAUCCCCAGCCAAGCAAUGUAUUUUAUUGGAGAAAAAAUAAGGCUAGAAAUUUCUGAGCAGAGAACUCCACAAAUGGAAAUUUAAUUCUUUCUUUCUGAUGCCAGUUCUUCUGAGAAACCCAGAAUUUCAGAUAUAUUUUAGUAACUCAUUCCUGGUUCUCCAGGAAAACUUAGUCUUAUCUAAUUUCUUCUUCAUGAAAACCAUGUUCCUUUUCCCUCAAGGAGUCACCCAGGGAUGCUCUACCUUGAUCUCUAGCCAGUGCUUAGGCACAGUAUCUGGCAGCCUCCCGUAGCCUGGGAUCUAGGAAGCCCCAUCUUGCAGGCUAGAAAUGGGGGAUAAGGGGCAAAGAAUUUGGUAAAGCACAGUUUUUGCCCUUUAGGGCUCACUAUAUCCUGGGAAAAUUAAACCACUGCAAAUGGUGUGAAUGAGUAUUACCUGAACCUGGGUGUGAGGCUCUACCUUUGGAUUCCUUAAAGAGGCAAGAUUCGUUCCAGCUGGGUCUCAACAGGUAGAUAAAGAAGAAAAGGAAAUUCAAGCCAAGGGAUCAGUCAGUGCAGUGGCAAAUAGGUGAAAAAGGCAUCUGGAGGGACAGACGGUGGGAGGCCAGCCCAGCGGGAGCACAACAGGCCAGGGGAAAGUGGCAGGCAACGAGCCAGGGUCAGGGACACAGAUACCCCACCGAGGGUGCAGCCAUCACCCUGCAGGCAACAAGAAGCCUGCGGAGCUCAGCAAUGAUGUGCUCAGUUUGGUGUUGGAGAAGGCUCCCUCUGGACCGGUGGGGCUGCCUCUUUUCCUUUCAUCAGACACUGUGAAAACAUUCCCUUAAGCGUGUACUUUUUAAUAGCAUAUCUAUUUUGUCUGUCUGCUCAUUAUUUUGUUGCUGGAACAAAAUAUGCAGUGGAUCAUGAGACUCAGCUCUUGUGAGAAACCCAGGGUCUCUGCUUUAUCGUGGAGCAGGGUCAGCAACCUGGGCCUCUAUGCUCACUGGGACAGGACAUAAAAGGAGCCCAGGGAAGCUGCUUCAUUGGCAUGGACUCUGGAGCUGUCUAGAAGUCCAGGGACACCAGACUUGAUCAAGGAAGGGCUGUCACUUUGGAGGUUCAAAAGGAAACAUCUCAAAGCAAAGGCAGGCAAAGGAACCCCAUGACGAACUCGCUCUUCUCUUUUGAUGGGCCUCUUCCCAGGUGUAUUUGAGCAGGUCCCCAGGACCCAACCCCCACUGAUCCUGCUACCUUCACCUGGCUCCAGUCUACUGCCCCAAAUGAUCUUCCCCAGCCUCAAGGAGCCUGCAGCCUAUUAUAUGUUGUUUUUCCCCCGACAUCUUGGGUGGAAGGAGGGCUGUUUAACACAAAUCCUAUUAUUCUCCUCAGAAAGGGGUUAAACAGCUGACAGACGAUGAUGGCAAGCGUUUCCACCAUUUCAAAUGGCAGAAAUUUAAAGGGUGACUUUAAAUUGUAAAAACUCAGGCCAUAUGGGGUAACCCAACAAGGGCCAGCUCAUACCCUCGUUUUCUAACAACUUAGUCACCCUCCAAAGGAGGCUAGUGUAUGCAAAACAAAAUGAAAGUUUCUUGGUGGAGAUAACUUCUCUAACAUCCCACAUGGAAAAUAUGUGGCAAGUCUUAGACAAGAUGGGGUAAGAGUGCCCAGGAAUUUGGACUUGAUCCCUUACCCAGGAAAUCACCCAAGCUAACACCACCUCCCCAGAGUAUCUCCUCACCCCAUGGUAGUUAGAGGGUAGGCUUGACCUUUCAUGAACAGUCUCCACAACAGAAGCUAGAUUCAUGUCCAAGGCACCAGAGAGUCUCCUCUCUUAGCAAAGAUCUUCCUAAGAUGUUCACCUCCUAGACAUGAACUCCACUUGAAGAAGAUGCAAGGAAUUAAUCCAGGAACUGUCCCCACUGGCAUGUGUUUGUGGCCUAGAUAGCUUCAGCAAUCAGGAGCCUGCAGGUGUGAAAAUCAUGGGCCAUCCAGGUCUUCCAGGCCCCCAGACAGCCACAGCAAGCCUCCCUUUGUGGGAAUAGAAGGGAACAGCUUGUGUUAGGUAUUGUCCCUCUCUGCGGUGUGGCCUGAGUAGUGUCCCACAGGAUGUCAGACAUCACAUGGGGCCGAAAGACUCUGUGCUCCAAUUAUCCUAAGGAGUGUUUGUGAUUCUCAUAGCCCCAGCUUACCGAUGAGGAAUCAAAGGCUCCAAAGGGUCAGAUCAUGCUCAAAGUUCCACGGCUGGUGAAUGAGCAAGCCGGGACUUAAACUGGGUUUCCUGAUCACUGAGACAGUAUUUUUCCACAUUGUGUCUGAGUCUUUCCCAUGGGGUUAUCCAUACCUGCAGAGACUAGAGUGAAGCAGAUAACUCAGUGGAUCCCAGUAAAUCCCAAAGUGACAAUGGUAAGCUUAAAAUUCCUUAAAAAGUAUCCUGGUUUACUCUAACAAUUCAUGUAAUACCUGAAGUACACUUCCUAAUUUGUUCUGAUUAGUUUCGACAUGACUGUAAAAACACUAAAAGAAAAAAAAAUGGAACCCUAUACCUCACAUAGCUUUGAUUUGUUCAGCCCACUCUGAGGGACCCUAAGGGAAUGAUGUCCCAGUCUGAGGCAUAGUAUGACUAUGCUGCUUUCUCCUGAGGCUAAUUCCAUACUCAAGCUCAAGACCAGCUCACCCCCGCCCCAAGCAGAACCUUGGUGUGGAGGCGUCCUGACCUCACUGUUCCUGAGUUGACCUCAACUAAGGUCCCUUCCAGUUAGGUGUGGAAGAAAUCAUUGACCUCCUAGAAGGAUGAGGACUUGCCCAUCUGGCAUGGUGAAAGCCAAGCUGGAUGCAGCCUUACACAGCAGAUUCCUGAUUCCUGGGUUUUAGAAGGUGGUACCCAUUGUCAAGGUGGAGGGCCAGCAUGGCUGAUGCAGGCAAAUCUGAGGCUACUCCCUUCAUAUGAAGGUCUGGAGUCUAGAAGUCCCCUACUUUAGCCACACACACUCACUGGAUUCCUGCAACCUGCAGCACCCUAGAGGGGGAGCCACCAGAAAGCACAGAUUACUAUGAUAGGAUUAGUAUGGCACAGUGCAGCCCUCGGUGAGGGAUGGGAUUGUGGUGGAAAGAGCUCAGUCUUUGGGUGAACCCUGACUUUGCCAUUUCUUGGCUAUGGCAUGGUGGACCAAACAUACAUGGGAAAAGGAACAUGAAAACCUGCUUCAGCAGGUUAGAAUGGGUAGUUUUGGAAAGCUUCGGGCAGGAAAACAGGAAGGCAAGGCCAGGGUAUUGCAACACAGUGAAUACUCAGAACCAAAAAUGGUCAUGGGCCAUUGAGCAAAGUGGGCACUUCUAUGACACAACAGGACAGGGGCAUAGGUAGGACUUGUCAGACUCACUUAACAGGGGUGCUACUUUGGAAGAGAUCUCGGCAUCUGGGGAGAAGAUGACUAUCUUCCCUGUGGCCAAUCAUGUUUAUUCAUCCUCCAUUUCUGGUUGCUGUGUUAACUCCUGGUGUGUCCUUACCAGGAUCCCUAUUUCCUAUGCUCUGUUGAGAACCCCUGUAGAGCACUAGGUUUGUCAGUCUAGGAAGGCUGCUGCAGACAAUAGAGGAGCAGCCCAGGGAGGAGUAGACAGGCACUUACCAGGUCAUCUCUGGAACAGUGACUGCCCAACCCAACUCAAGUCCAGAGACAUUAAAGUAAAUGACCAUUCACCUGGACCUCCCUUCCUGAGAGCAGAAUGAAGAAACCCACCCUUCUUUGGUUUGCAGCUGGCCACUCCUGAGCUGGUCAUCAGCACCAAGCUAAACAAGGAGUGAUACUGUGGAAGACUUAGGUGACCUUAAGGGUGAGCAUCAGUGGGAUGCUGAUCCUAAGCCUUAAGUUCAAAAAAAAUGUACCAGGCCAAGAUCCCCAGAGACAAUUUGCUAACCCAAGCUGAAGGACAAGUAAGAAGAUGAAACAUAAAUGUCAUGUCAUAUCAAAGUAUUGAUUUGCCCUCCCCAUCACCCAACCAACUUCUGAUCAGCUCCAAAUUACAGCCAAGCAUAACAGAAAUAGGAAAAGUAAAUUCAACUAGAGGAAACCAGCUGAGAUUGGAUCUUAUUCAUAUAUUCCCAUGCAAGGGCUCCCUGCUGGAACUUUCAGGUAUACACAUCUAGAAGUUUUCAAGGGCAGAGGCUUGGCUUCACCCAGACAUCAGUGAUGUCUAUCUGUGCAUGUGAACAGGCUCUCAGUUUCUUGAGAACCAUGGAUAGAUUUUUGCAUGGUACUGGCUAUUCAGCUAGCUAUCUUAUAGAGAUUAAGGUCAUCUCUUGUGUAUCUCCUGCCCACCUCCAAAAGAGGUUGGAAAGGGUAACAAAGGGGCCACAUUCACCCCCUUAAAUCCACCCAUGAAUGUUAGAUCUCCAAGAGAAGGAAUCAGCAGUCACAAUGGGCCCCCACUCCUGGCUUUCCACCCUUCUAAGAGCAUAGUGGUGGUCCACUGAAGCCAAUACAAGGGAUGUGGGAAAGGUCAGGAUGGAAGAGAAUCUAUUGGAAAGAGCUUUGAGAUAUGGAUAACCAUCAAUCAUUCUUCUGUAUCUGAGAGCUGCUCUGGGCAGUAGGAGUCAGAAUUUGGUCCUUGAUUAGAAUAUUCAGAGAAUGAAGGCCUAGGGGAUUUGGAGUAUUAGGGAAAUACUUAUGUAGAAUUCUGGAGUUCAGGGUAAUUAGUGUAGUUCAUGGUUCCUCAGAGAAUGAGACUCUUGGAUUUAGGGGAGGAAGAGUAGUGGAUAAGGAACUUGCCAAAAUCAAAGUCCCGGAGUUGUAGUACUUUACUACCUCUGGGCUCAUGAAUGCAAGCUAGUGGGCCCCGACUUGAUGGUCCAAUAAACUCUCAGUGCCCAUUCUGCUCCAGUCCCUCCCAUGAAAGGUUAAUGGUGUAAAGUGUUUGGGCAGGUCAAAGCCCUCAGGGAUUUCUGGGAGCUUAGAGGGAAGAGUGGCAUCAUCCUAAGUAAAAUCAGGCUUCUGAAGGGUCAGGCAGAAUACCAGCCCCCAUAUUCCCCAAGGAAAUGCAGAUUAUUCAACAAAGUCAAGCACAGUUUGUUAUCCCAGGUCACCUCUGUGAGUGAAACUAGGACCAGUGGGUGAAACUGAGUAGCUGUAGGAAGAACAUACUAACUGCAGGAAAGCCCAUCUCAGCAGCUGCCUGGUAGAGCCACAUGUCUCCUUAAAGGGAAGAGGCAAUGUUGCUUAGAUGGCCUUUAAUUCACUUCCAUUCUAGAUGGGUGAGAUCUUGUGGUGCUGGAAUCAUGUUUGAACUCAUUCAUACCUGCAGAGCACAAAGCUGAGCAGGUCACACUUGAUUCGUGCAGGUUGAAGCCUUCUGCUUUCCCACUCAAGUCUCCCCAUCACAAAGGACAAGUUGCUGCUCUGGCCAGAUAUCCUGGGCUCAUCCAAGUGGGUUAUCAACAAACACCAAGCCAGAGGGAACAGCUGCUUUGCCACAGACCUGAUGCCUAUGGGUCUCACUGAUGAAAGUAGCCAUGACCCAGACCCAAUGGACAUCAGAGCCAUCAGUGACAGCUAGAUCCAGUAAAGGUCCAAGAAGGACCCAGAGCAGAGCUUUGCUUACCAUAGACAUUAUCUCCAAAGGUUAAUUCUAUCCCCAUUCCCCACUCAAGGCCUGUUGGAGCAGAUUUCAAAAGCACAGUGACUCAGUAGAUGCGUGAUUAUAAUCAUUCCCAGUGCAUAUAAUUCAUCUCAAGGUGGAUCUUAGGCUAGGCCCAGUUAAUCCACAUUGGUAAUCAAAUUCAAAAGCACUUUUCUACCUUCUCUUUCACUCUACAUCCUCAUAGCCAAUCAAAGGCAGAGUUGAGGAUUCUACCAUUGCCUUGGCUACAGGACACCCUCAUAGCUCUCUAAGGGCUAUCAUGAGCUUCCCCUGCAAAUCCAGAGAGGCUAACAUUUGCAUAUCCACUGGGCAUAUGAUAUUGCAUGAGACCAAAGUCUCCACGCUAUUUGCAGCCUCCUCCAUGAAUCCCAAUGGCCUGCACUUGUACAGUUUGGGUGUUUGAUAGAUAAAGCACGUAUGAGAAGAGAAAACAAAAUAAAUCAACUUUAAAAAAAAAAAAAGCCAGCACUGUGCUGUCAAUGUUCUUCUUCUUCUUUUUUUUUCUUUUCCUUUCCAAUUCUAGCUUAAAAAAGCAGAAGGUAAAUAAUGUCAGGUCAAUGAAUAUCAGAUAUAUUUUUUGACUGUACAUUACAGUGAAGUGUAACCUUUUUACACCUGCAAGUCCAUCUUAUUUAUUCUUGUAAAUGUUCCCUGACAAUGUUUGUAAUAUGGCUGUGUUAAAAAUCUAUACAAUAAAGCUGUGACCCUGAGAUUCAUGUUUUCCUAA